AUGCCAUUGGAAAGCGGGGAAAUUGUAAAAAGACUUUCUUUAUUAGAAGAUCAGAAGAAUUUACUAUUAAAUAGCGCUAAUAAACUAAAAGGCUGGCUUGGAACUAACGACGACUCUUCUUCUAUAAGUGACAACGAACACGAAGAAACCGUAGCAGAAAAACUAACGCCUGUCAACAUGGUCCACGCUGAAGACACAUUAAUCGAGCGACAAAGUCUUUCAACUUUGGAGUUUCGAGUUCAUCAUUUGGAAAAAUCAAUCUUCGGUUUUGAUACAAUUUCAAAAAGAGUGUUAGCACAUGAGAAGUUGAAGGAGCAACUAACAUUACUAAAGCGAGUUGAUGAGAUCAAGAAGGAGUUUAAUACAAUUAUACGCGAUGAGGCUGACGAUUCUGCACUCGCAAUGGAGAGAGUUGUACUUACACCUGAGGCUAAAGCAGAAAUCGUUUGUUCUUCUGCGGAAGAAUUAGAAUUAGUAGCCGAAAAUUUAGGGCAAAUUAAGGAUCUACAAGAAUCUAUAGAUGCUCCAGAAUUCAAAGGCCUCGAUAAGCUCUUUCCUCAGGUUACACCCAUUGAAACCAGUCACGUUGACCAAGUGGCUAGAGCUGACGAAGCUUCUACUCGCAUAACAUCUUUGUUAGACAAAUAUAAUAUAUUUGUAUCCUUUAUCAAUAACUGGGUUCCUUUGAAUCUACUAAAUUCAUCUAUAUUGUCUUUGAUUAAAACUCGAACAAUUCUUUAG